AUGCCGACAGGGGCGGCUCUUGCCUUUAUUGUUCUUGCCCUGUGUCUUAGCAUUCUGGUCAUGUCACUCGACAACAAUGUCAUCGCGACAGCCAUCCCCACCAUAACGGACGAGUUCUCCCGCCUCGACCACGUGGGUUGGUACGGCAGCGCGUACCUACUCACCACGGCCUCCCUCCAGCUCCUCUUUGGCAAGUUUUACACCUUUUGGAACAUGAAGACGGUGUUUAUUUCCGCCGUAGCCAUCUUCGAGCUUGGGAGCCUCAUUUGCGGGGUCGCGCCGACUAGCCUCGCCUUCAUCCUGGGACGGGCGGUGGCGGGGGUAGGCGGCGCGGGGAUCUUUACCGGGGCGUUUACGAUCUUGGCGUAUACCGUGCCGCUAGAGAAGAGGCCAUUGUAUACCGGGGCACGAAACGUUUACUCUUCCGCGCUCUACAACUUCCACCUGGGUGCGGCCUUCCUUCUUUCCGUCUAUUUUCUGCCGCUAUGGUUCCAGGCCGUCAAGGGUGCCUCGGCCGUUUCUUCCGGUCUCUAUAACUUGCCAUUGCUCAUCGCCGUCGUGGUAUUCUCGCUGGGGGCCGGAUGGCUCGUCACCAGAUGGGGCUAUUACGCACCCUUCAUGCUUUCGGGCUCUCUGGCCAUGGCGCUGGGCUACGGGCUCAUCUCCACCUUCAAGCCUGACACGCCGCCGGUGCAAUGGAUAGGCUAUCAGCUUCUGGCAGGCACAGGAGUAGGUCUGGGUCUCCAGCAGCCGCUCGUGGCGGUGCAGGCCGUCCUCCCUCUGGCCGACGUGCCUACGGGGACGGCCAUUGUGGCGGGGAAUCGCCGUGUCGGCGGGCCAGGCCAUCUUUACCUCGCUCCUGGCGGCCAAGGUGCGGAAACCCUCCCGGAACUGGAUGUUGGCGUCGUCCUCGGCACGGGGGCGACGAGGAUCCGGAGGCUGUUUCGGGGAGGCGCUGGGGAGACUAGGCGAGGCGUAUAA